AGCCAUUUUGGCUCAAGCCAUUUUGGCUCAAGCUGCGCAGCCGUGCAGUCCAUGGCGGCCCGGGUUGAGGUCAAGCGCUUGCUGCAGCAGGCGACGGACCUUACAAUGGCCGAGCUAGAUGCGUUCAUGGACGCAGGAAUGGAUGAGCCCGUGAAGAAGAUCUUAAUGGGUUACCAGGGGGACUUCGUGAGGAGAUCACGCGUCAGGCGCCCCAGCCUGUCCGCGAGCACCGAGGAUCCCGGAUCCGACGGCAUCUUGAGCAAUGCGUUCUCGGAUCUGUCGUUCAUCGACCAGAGCUUUCCUCUGAAGGAGACUGCAGGCACUGAGAAUGUGGCUUCCACGCAGACGGUCAACAAGGCCAUCGAUACGCAUUUCCUCGACUUGGAUGCUGCCGUCUCCCAGGCGUUCGACUCUCGAGAAGGUGACGAGCAGGCCAAGCUCGACAUGGACAUGGCGGAAAAACUGGCCCGCUGGCAAGGCCGGCGCCAGCAGAAGAUCCAGAAGCGCACCCAGUGGAAGCACAACUUCAACAGCCUGAAUGGGGAGCACAAGUUGGGCUUCUGCAGUAGCGAUUGCGUUCGUUGCAAGGAGGCCACCGAGAAAUGAGAAGUUCCUGAACUCCAAGCGCGAUUUGUGAUUUGCUUCCAUGGGCACCGCGCUCCAGCCGUGGCGCGGGCCUAGUGGCUUGGUGGUUGCAGCAUAGCUGUCUGUCCGAAGAGGCAGCCGUCGACGCCGAAGGGGGGGGGAGAAGGAGGAGAGCGAAGUUCAUAAAGGUGACAAAUUCGUGGCCCGCUGGAGAUCUGACAGCCGCCGUGUCUGGCUGGCUUAACGUUUGAAGUGGGAAGCGGUUUGCCGCCCUGACGAGAAACCACACCACAGUCUGCCUUGCUUCUCGCACACGCGAGAAAGGUUCAACGCUUCAUGCGACAAUUUCGUGCAUGCAUCUUUUUCUACGAAUCGCAUGGCAACUGUAUCACAUCAUGCAUAGCGUUUGAUCAGGGCAUAUCGAAAUUGUCUGCGUGAAGUUGGAUGCAGCUGUUGCCGGGUGCAGCUGUUGGAGAGUAUCCCCUGCGAUGGGAGUUCCACGCGGCGUGCAGGUAACACCUGUGGAUCCAAGGGCGAGUAGGUCCAGUAGGCUGGUUGCGGUAUCUGCCCCGGCGGCGGAAGUGGCGGCCGCCGAUCAAGCUCAAGUAGGCGACAUGUUUGAACAUGAUUGUCGCUCACUCCUGCCGCCGGAGGCGCGCAGAAUUUUCACCCCCAGAGUCCAAGACGGUCCAGAUGUCUUGAGGCUGCUCAACGAUGUACGGAGGGAGG